UUAUUUAGGGGUACAGAAAGAGUCUUUUUAGCUGCCGGGAGUUCUUACAGGGAGUGAAGAGGCGCACAGCCGCAGUGCAGCAGCAGUGUUGGCUUCAAAGACGAGCAGCCUAGCUACUGUUGGACGUCCUUUCAACUGCGAAACAAUAAAAAAUAUAUAUAUCCUUCCAUCGAUGCUAUUGUUAAGAACACUCUUGUACAUCUUCGCCCGUCCAUCUUGUAGCCAAAUUAGCUGCUGACGCAGAACUCCACCUCUCCUGUUACCCCCUGGUAUUUUAAGUACCUCCAGCCUAUUCAUAGCCGCGCUCUUUGUUUUCUUCCAGCUAAGCUCCUUUCAUUGAAUGGUUGUGAGUGUGGGGAGUAACUCGCUGCUCAGUGCCCAGUUCUGGCCAAUGCUUGCUGCCCUACAGCAUGACCACAGCAACGUCUGCUCAUCUGGUGGAUCUGGCAAAUGAAAAUGGAGGAGCUUUCGGUGUCCAGCCUGGACAACAGCAAGCUGGAGGCCCUAGCUCAGGACAUCCUGUCUGACCUGGUGGAGGAUGCAUGCCUGGGUCUUUGCUUUGAGGUCCACCGGGCUGUGAAGCAGGGCUACUUCUUCCUGGAUGACACGGACCAAGAAAGCAUGAGGGACUUUGAAAUUGUGGACCAGCCUGGACUGGACGUGUUCGGCCAGGUGUACAACCAGUGGAAAAACAAAGAGUGCGUCUGUCCCAACUGCAGCCGCAGCAUCGCGGCCUCUCGCUUCGCCCCACACCUGGAGAAAUGUCUCGGGAUGGGACGCAACAGCAGUCGCAUAGCAAAUCGCAGAAUAGUCACUGGUAACAACACCAACAACAAGUCAGAGAGUGACCAAGAAGAUAAUGACGACGUCAACGAUAACGACUGGUCCUACGGGGCAGAAAAGAAAGCAAAGAAAAGAAAGUCAGAUAAGAAUCCAAAUUCACCAAGAAGAUCCAAAUCAUUCAAGCAUAAAAGCAGUACAGCCAGCAAGACAAAUCAAGACAAUGAAGCUCACGCACCACCCAAAGACUCGUACAUUGCCUCUUCAAGGCCUGUGGGCAUGAUGGGUCCUAGACGUCGUGUGGAAAACCAGGAGAGUCCCCGCAUGCUGAUGAAAGACGAGGCUUUCUCUCAGUAACGCACAUGGCUGCAAACACACCUCCGUGAACUGUGUAGACGAACACACACGCAGACAGAGAAGAGACAGAAAUACAGGAGCACUUCAGCUUCUUUAUGUUCUCGAACCAGCGGACGUUUGUGGUGUUUACUGCUCUGUAGAAGCAAUCCUGAACUCCCACUUUGUUCUUGAUUCAUGUCUUUUAGUUUUAAUCACAGAUUCAUUGAACCAAACAAUGUUUUCUCAGUUUUUUUAUUGUAUUUUGUUUAAAUAUUUUUUGUCCUAAAUAGUGAAUAUCAUCAUUUAUAAUCCCUCUGCACAGAAUAAGAAUCUGGAAAUGAUUCAGUGGCUGAGCAACGGCCCUCAUGCUUGGUGCAACAGUCUGCACUCACUGUAUUUUAGUUCUUAAGACCGAAAGACUAAGCAGAAAGUGGCCUGACAUCUCCUCUUUUUUUUAAAAAGAAAAUCUAAUUAUUUGAGAACUAUUGUCAAAGACAAUCUUUUGUUUUUCACAUUGUCUGUCGGAGUUGUAGUUUUCCAGUUCACAAUGUGAGCACCUCUGUUUGUUGCUCUUCUGAGGAAACUGGGUUUGAAAUGUUCACUAAAUGAACUUCUACUUUGGCAAACAGGCAGGGAGCCUGCAGAAACUGGUUUCUUUUGGGUUCUCUUUUGGUGGAUAGACUCAGCUUGUUUUCUAGCAUUCAAAUAUGUCUUUGUAUCAUGUUUACAUUGUAAAAGGUCACAUAUGUCCUUGGUGUGAUGUGAUAGUGUAAAUAUUCUAAUAGCCGAAUUGCUGCUGUCAUGGCUCGGUUUGUUCUCAUCUGUCUAGCAUAAUAAAUGAUUUGUUACCUGUCA